UAGCAAGCACACAAUCGUUACCUCACUCGCAUUUGUGAUAUACCUACGUGUCUAUCGAUACAGUUCAGUUAUGUUAUUUUAUUGUUGCAACUCAAAAAGUCACAACAGACUUAAUUAUUGAAAGACACACGCAUGUUCAAAAAUUUACUAAUUUGCACAACUUAUUGCAUUCCAUAAACAAAUGCAAUUUGUUGUGCGAAAAAAAUCGAAGUGAAACAUUAAAACUUUGAAAUACUUUGUCACAAUAAAAACAGAGAAACACCGAACGCAUCGUUUUUUCCGACAAUCUGUUAACUUUUGUGAUUCAAACAUUUUACUGUAAUAUCUUCGCUGCAAUUAAAUUAAAAGACUGUAAUCGCAGACAAGACAAAACAACAAUUCUGCUGAUAUGCGAGUCCCAUUCUGUACUUUGAACAGCACAGCAUUAUUGUUUGUCAGCUAUUCGCUACGAUAGAGAAAAAAUGGGGCAUUCUUUGUUUGCCAUGCUAAUUCUGUCGACGACGAUUGUGAGCUUUGGACUCAAAGUAAAUGUUGUUCAUAAAUGGAAAUAUUGUGAGUACGAAUGGGAAAGUGAGCAGCAGAAGGAAGACGCGAUAAAUUCUUGCACUUAUGACCCUUACAUGUGUGUGUUGAUCGAUGCAGACAAAGCAGAAGAUGGUAGAGUAUUCGUUACUGCGCGAAGAGAAUUAGGCCUUGGUGCACCUGCUACUGUGGCGACAGUAACUCAUAAGACAGGACCAGGAGGUCCACUUUUACGCCCUUAUCCAGAUUGGAGUUGGCAUAAUAGUAGUUGUACAUGUAAUGGUAUUGUGAACGUUUACCGAGUGCAUAUUCAAUGCAAUCACAUUGUCAUUCUGGAUAACGGCAAAAUCGGGUCCGACCAAAUUUGUAAUCCAAAACUGUUGAUCUUUAAUUUAAAGAACGAUACACUAGUUAAAACAAUUUACAUCCCACUUGACAUUGCGACUAAUCGAACAGGUGCUGGACAUUUAGCAACACCUUUUGUUUAUUAUCCUGAAACAUGCAAACGAUUCCUGGAUGAAAUGAUUGUAUUUAUAACUGAUAUCCUAGGUUCCGGCUUAAUAGUUUAUGACUCAUCUAAAAAAAGUAUAUGCAGAAUCGAAUCUGAUUUCAUGAAAUCAGCUGAUGUUAUUUUCUCUGUAGCAGGCCAAAAUUUUAUUUAUACAGGUGGUAUCUUGAGUUUGACAGUCCUUGGCGAUGAUCUUUAUUAUGCUUCUCUAUCGGGAAAUGAAAUCUAUAAAAUAAAAAUAAAGACGCUGCUAAAAUGUCCAAAUAAAGAAGAAGCUAACAAAAAUAGUAAACUUGUGAAAAGAAUUGCAAACCCAAUAUUACCGAUGGCAGCAGCGGAACAUGUAGUAUUUUACAGCAAUGUUCAGAAUAUGUCUAUACUAGGUACCAAUAUUUAUAAAAAGUCUGAUGGAAAUACGGUGGUACUUGCGCAAGAUUCCAAAAAAUUGCAAUUUUUAUCUGGGUUGAAAUAUUCAAGCUACUGGGACCAGCUAACGUAUUUUUCAAAUAGAUAUCAGCGUUUCGUUCUUGGUACAGUGAACCUUAACGAAAUACACUUCCGCUAUAUGGAAAUGGAUUUAGCAGACAUACGGGAAAAAACAGAUUUGUUUUCUAAAACCAAGUCUGAGUCUUUGUUUUCAAUAUUUUAACAUAUCGUAACAAAUUUGAGCAUGAGCGAGCUCGGAAAUAAUACAAAGGAAACUCGGAAACCCGGCGAAGAAAGCAAU